AUGUUCUCAAACGAAUUAGCCUAUGGUCGUAACACCCACGGGUCCUAUGCUUACCAACCAAAGCCUUUUGGCUCGAACAAAAAACAAAUGGAAAGGUAUUACAACGAAAUUUAUGGCACAAAUCCUAAAAUCUCGCCUUCAGCCGCCUCAGUUGCCGGUGCCGCGGCUUUCAAGGCCGUAGCACAUAACGUGUCUAACAAUAAAAGACAACUAGAAGAUGACGCCAAAAAAGAGGCUUCGUUCUUACUAGAACAGUAUCCAUUAUCUGGUACAGAUCCUGACAUUGUUACUCAAACAGCGGCGGCUGGGGCAAAACAAAUGGAGCAACAUUAUAAUCAAAUUUAUGUGAACGGACCAAAUCCGAAACUACCCAUUUCCUUAGCAACGAUUGCGAGUGCUGCAGCCUUUAAGGCCGUGAGGCAACAUAAUUCGGAACCGUGCUUGCCAACGAGUUUCUGUUCCAAUGAUCCACAGGAAAAUCACUCCUACCUAGUUAGCCUAGUUCGAGAAACCGCGGCACAAGAAGCCCUCUAUUUAUCAUUAUUCUUCCCUUUGCAAAAUGUCGAUUCUCAAAUGCUCGUCAAGUCAGCCAAAGCCGCCGCACACCAGCUAUAUGACUGCGCACGCGUUAAAGACACCGCUCUUAGGGUCGAGGUCGCUCAUUCUGCAUUGGAGGGUGCAUCUAUGAUAGGCUGUGAUAUCAAUGCUACCGAUUGCACCGAAGAACAAUUUGAGCAAAAAAAAUGUUUUGGAGGAACAGCUCGUCACAAAACCCUCAUUGAUCGAUUGAGGAGAGAGAACAAGAAUUCCUUGCUCUUGGAUGGAGGAGAUGAAUUUCAAGGUGCGCUGAAAUUUUCUUAUUGCGCAAUGAUGGAGACCAUCGGAAAUCAUGAGUUCGACAAAGGUCCAAAUGCGCUCGCCUCUCACCUUUCGCGAUUAACCAUGCCGAUAGUAUGCGCGAACAUCAAUACAACAUCAUCAAAUCCAAAACUUGGUCAAUACAUCAAACCUUAUCAUAUCUUUGAAGAAUAUAACCUUGCGGUCAUCGGUUAUAUCACGGAUACCACGGGUGGCAUCUCUAAUUCCGGUCCAACGCUUCGAUUCGAGGAUCCGAUUCCAGUUGUUCAGCAUUAUGUUGACGAACUUCGAAGAAAAGGUAUCAAGCGUAUCUUAACAAUCUCACAUAAUGGUUACGACGCUGACAAAGAGUUGGCCGCAAAAACGUAUGGAGUUGCCGUUCACGUGGGGGGACACAGUCAUACUUUGUUGUCUAACGACAAAGAUUCAAAAGAUUUCCCGCUCUCAAGAGGUCCGUACCCUACCGUCGUGAAGAAUGCUAAGGGUGAAGAUGCGUUAAUCGUACAGGCAUUCUGGGCAGGGAAAUACAUUGGUCGACUAGAUGUAUCCUUCGAUGAAGAAGGUAAAUUGGUCGGUUACUCUGGUGCCCCAAUUCUCGUCGACCAAUCUAUCCCACAAGAUCCGGAUGUGGAAAAAUUGGUAAAGGAAUGGCGUGCACCAUUUGAAAAGUAUAUGAAAUCUGUUGUCGGAUCUGCCGAACUCGCACUCGAUCAAACCAAAUGUCAGUUCGGAGAGUGUACUAUGGGUAACUUGGUAACCGACUCGAUGCUCUGGUCAUCACGAAAAUUUGGUAGGGUCAAUGCAGCGUUUAUUAAUGCCGGUGGAAUUCGCGCUGGAAUAUCUAAAGGGAACAUCACGCUUAAUGAUAUACUGACAAUUCUGCCAUUUGGUAAUGAGUUGGUAAAAUUUGAGUUGACCGGUCAUAAUAUUACCGACCUCUUAGAAAGUGCUGUCGGUCGAAAUGUGAAUAAGAUAACAGGAAGGAAGGUCACCAGUUUCAUUCAGAUCUCGGGACUUAGGUUUGCCUAUGAUAGCACAAAACCUUUAUACGACAGGGUGCAUGAGGUGCAGAUUUUAAAUAGCGAGGACGUGUUUGAAUAUUUGGAUCCAAAAAAGGUCUACGAAGUUAUUACCAUCGAUUUCAUGGCUAAUGGUGGCGACGGGUUGGUACCAUUUCGUUUCGUUCCACUCCGCUAUUGUUUUCGCGCUUUCGUCCUUUCGUAUAACGACACGACUGUAACAUCAUUAGGUUGCUCCCUGAAACGAAUCGAGAUAUAG